CAGUGGGCGGAGCUACUUCUCGGACGUCAUUAAGCUAGCGGAUUUUUAAUAAAUCGGAACUGUUGCCCAAAAAUCUGCACCGGAGCGCACAAAUUGGGAAGAAUUGUGUCUCAAUGCGCCACCGUGGACACGUCCGACCGAAUUUUAAACAACUUUAGCGGUCUAGCGGGAGUGUACCGGGAGCCGGUGGACCGCCAAAGUCUGGAAGCUAAUCGUUGCUAACAGGUGUGCAGAAUCGAACGUGGCGGCGCCAUGGAGAAGCUCAGAGAAGAGUUUGAGCAGAUUGUCGGCGAGCUGGAGUGGCAGGAUGUCGCCGACACCCUCCAGGAGUUGUGCUCCAACAUCCUGUGCGACACCGCCAACCCGCCUCAUCCUCUCCCUCCUCAUCCUCUUCCCAACCACCACAUACCGCCGCCACCUCCGUCGGCCGCUUAUCCCGGGAUGGCGUUCGAUGCCCACGGCGACAUCAGAGGCUUCGCCGGGCGCUUCCCGCUGCGUCCGCCUUACCUCCCCCACAGCCAAAUAGUGUCCAUUUCCAGCAUGGGCUACGGGCCGCAGUUCAAUCCGUACCUCAUGCACCCUUUUCACCUCGGCCGCCAGGCGGGGGCUCCUUUCCGUCAGCAGUACGUGCCGUGUCAGAUGCCCCCACAGGUCAUCCACAGUCAGCCCGCUUACUCUUUCCCGCCCGCUCCUCCACAGGCGAAAAAAAAUCUGCCCGUGGUUCCACUGCCUGAAGGCGCCACCUUGCAUGCUGUUGGCAUGCUGAAUGGAGAGGUGUUGUACGCAGCGGUGGAGGCUUCUCAGGGUGUCGCUGCUGCUGCUCCUCCUCCGCCAUCCACAUCCACCCCCUCUCCCAGCGGGAAGGCGAGCCUCCCCUGUUUCAGCCGUAAGAGGAAGUGCAAGCAGCGGCACCGGCGAGCUUGCAACAAAAAGCCUCCGAGCGCCUUCAUGUGUUUCUUGAGGGAGAAGCGCCCGGCGCUGAAGGCCCAGAUUGAGCAGAAGGACGCCGUGGGCGUCAACAAGCUGCUGGGACAGCUGUGGGCGUCAUUGACCAAGGAGCAGAAGGCCAAAUACUACGAGCAGGCCUAUGCGGAAAAGAAGCUACUGGAGCAGAUGUCCUCCGACGGCUCCAGUAGCAAUGACGAAGGCGCCAACAAGAAGGGGCGGAACACCAACACAGCCUCUGCUAGCCGCGCAGCAGGUCGCCAAGAGGCCUGGGACACCCAGGAUGGCCCCUCGUCCUCCGAUUCCUGCACCUCCUCCUCCUCCUCAAUCUCCUCGUGGCUGGAGAACGUCAUCACCGCCGAAGCGCACGACUCCCCGGCCGCCAAGGGCCCCGACUCAGGUGAGGAGUCCGACAUUGAAGGAAUGGACGCCAAGCUGCUGCACUUGCUCGGCUGCUGUUAGCCCCGCCCACAGCCUGCAAAACACACGCACAGUGUUUCUAUUUAUAAGUGUAAAUAAUGUAUAGUUAAUGAUAAAAAUUAUUUUAAUAUACACACCUUUUUGUUACAAUUCAAUGAUUUCAUUGUUGUGAUGCUGAGGGCAUUACUUGGCACUGCUACUGUAGUCCUGGAAACAUUUAAUGCAUCCAUAAACUGAGACUACCCAGUGGUACUUCAACCUGCGAGUAUCUUAACACUCGAGUUGUGUCUCGGCUUUUUUAUGACUAAUUUGCAAACAAGGUUUAAGUUACGAGCCUCCACGCCGCUAGGGGGCGUACUAAAAGUCAAAUGAAUGCCGGAAGAGCCGCCUCAAAACAUCCGUUCUCCUCGCUAGAAUGAGUUAAGAGCUACAGUUUGACAUUAGUGCUGCACCAAACGAUUAUUUCUAAGAUUGGUUAAUCUAUCGAUUAUUUUUUUUAGUGAAUCCGUAAUUUUGAUUUAUUUUUGUAUGAACCAUACUAAUGAAAUCCCCCAAAAUACAUGAACAUUUUUCUUACAUGUAGAAACUUGAAAUGCAUGUUGUUUGGUCGGGGAUACAAAAGAAAAUUACCUGAAAGAGCCGUUAUAUUCCUUCGCCAACCUUUAGAAUCACCUUUGAUGCAUUUUUCAGUGCUCAGUUCUUUCGAAUUUGCAGUUUCCAGAGCACUUCGAAAGGCUUAUUUUCUACGGUGGUAUGUAAGGGUGUCCUGAUCCCGAUACCGAUCAUACAUAAGUGAGAUCAGCUGAUACAUCACAUGCAUUACCUGUAAAUUGUAUUCAUAGUGAGAGAUGUUGACUAUAUGAUCUGCCGGAGAAACCAUAAAAUCUCCUCACUAUUUGGGAAGCGAAUUUGUAGUGGUACUGAUUAGGGAUGUCCCGAUCCAGGUUUUUGCACUUCCGAUCCGAUACCGAUGUUGUUUUUGCACUUCCGAUCCGAUACUGGCCGAUAUCCGGCCUUAUCCGAGCAUGUAUUAAAGUUUAAAGUUAUUUAGCCUACUUAGUUGUCAGAUUCAUGUUGAAAAGGGUUUUAGUACUCUUGAUAACAACUAGCCAGCUGAAUUAGGUGAGUUUGAAUAAUACACAAUGGAGAUGUUGACGUGCGGAGUUUCAAACACUCUUCAUUUUCUAGCAGGGGACUUUUCAAAUGAUGCUACAUAUUAGCAGUAAUGCUACUUUUUAUAGCAACGCUUUUGCCCCACACUUGACAAAUUACGGUUGUCUGUUCGACAUAUUCCCACUUGAAGCCAAACCACCGCCAGACGAUGGACCCCCUGCUGUUUUUCUUGGGAAUUAAUUCUUCCUUCAUUAUUACCGCUCACACGGCUACGCUAGCAUCACAGCUAACGUUAGCCAUGCUGCUACCUCUCUGCUGGGAGAGUGCGUAUACGUAUGUGACGUAUGACGUGACAGUAUGUGACGUAUGUAAGAAGGUGCGCUUGCUGUCUGUGAGAAGCAGACACAAGAAGGAGUGGGAAGAGCCUGUCGUGUAAUGCCAGCAGCUAAAAGCAACUGCGUGAGAACGUAUACUCGACUGUGUUGAAGGUGUGCUGGAAAAUGCUGAACGGAAAUUAGGGAGCAGCAGAAAAGUGGAAUGUAUUAUUUAAAUCGGUGCGUUGGAAAACACGGACCGGAAUUUUUUAAAACUGGAUCUGCAUUUUCCCCUGCCUUGCCAAUACGCAUUUUUUGGCAAAUAUCAGCGGCCGAUCCGAUCCAAAUAUCGGAUCGGGACAUCCCUAGUACUGAUAUCAAUCAAUCAAUCAAAGUUGACUUAAUCACAAAUGCUAGCAUCUCUAAAUGUACUGGAGCUGCAUUCCAGAGUACUGGAGCCCGAAUAGAAAACGCUCUAUAGCCCGCAGACUUUUUUUGGGCCCUGGGAAUCACUAAUAGGCCAGAGUUCUUAGAACACCGAUUUCUGUCCGGGACAUAUGGUACUAUACACAAUCAGCAAGAUAGGAUGGAGCUAGACCGUUUAGUAUUUUAUACGUAAGUACUAAAACCUUAAAGUCGCAUCUUAAGUGCACAGGAAGCCAGUGCAGGAGAGCCAGUAUAGGUAUAUAUGCGUAUACAGGUAUAUAAAGGUAUAUACAGCAUAGGCGUAAUAUGAUCAAACUUUCUAGUUCUUGUCAAAAGUCUAGCAGCCGCAUUUUGUACCAACUGUAAUCUUUUAAUGCUAGACAUAGGGAAGCCUGAAAAUAAUACAUCACAGUAGUCGAGAUGAGACGUAACAAACGCAUGAUCUCAGUGUCGGUGGUGGACACAAUGGGACGAACUUUAGCGAUAUUACGGCGAUGAAAUAAAGCUGUUUUAGUAACACUCUUAAUGUGUGACUCAAGUGAGAGUUGAGUCGAAGACGUGAUCACGACUUUGUGUCUCUAUGUUUACAUCACCGAGUGGUCUGCUGCUUCCUCACUUCCCUGCUCCCUGUAAGUUCGUUGUAGAUCAUAAAUCAUGCAUCUCACCUGGACAGAAGAUGUCUGAGUUGGUAUUCCAACAAGUUGGUACACUUUGACAGCCAUUUAGGACCUGAAACUUGCGAGGACACGAAAAGACGCUAGACACUUUUCUUCGUGAGGACUAUGAGACAUUCUUCUUCUCGACGGGAAUAUAUGAACAUCCUAGCAGUCGGCCUCCUAAUGACAGCAGACCUUGUACAGUAAGUGAUGUUUUAUUACGUUUGUUGGCUCUCAUGAAGUCUGCAGUGAAGCAGUUUUUGAAAUUAAUGCGCCGCAUAUGCUUAAAAUUAUCAAAAUAUGUAAGUAUUUAAUAUUAUUGCCCAUUACUACAUGACAUACAGUAUAUACUUAGAUAAUGUAUAUAAAAUCUCAAGGGAGACAUUUGGUUGUUUUUUAAGGGCUUUAUAGGUGGAAUUGCAAACUUUUGAUUGCAUUUAUUUAAUAUUUAUAAUGCAGCAUCCAUCGUCAGUUCCACUUUAACACUGCCAUCUAGUGCACGGGAGUGUUAACUUGUUUUCCCAGGGAGGCUUGGCAUGUCUAUGAAAAGAUGACACUCCUGUAUCGUAGUUAUCCUGUAGUUUGUCAUUUAAAGCAUGUUUUUUCUAAAUGGUCAAUCUUUAAUUUUUAAGCCAGUGAAAUAAACUCUAAGACCUCAUUUUGAGGCUGCUUCAUCUGUUCGUCAUCGUCAGUCAGGACUAAAAAGUGCAACUUGGAAGGCUGGGAAAGUCCUGCCUUCAUUUCCUGUUCUGUCUGGCUGAUUGAAAACAGACUGAAACAAGGUGCUGUAGUUUCACAACUGUAGUAUUUUGUUCUCAUUUUUGAUUCAUGCAUUUUAUGUUUAUGGUAGGUCAUUGGUUUCCUUUCAGUCUGAAGGAAUGUUACUGGAAUGAAGAUUGUAUUCUAUAGUUUGUAUUAUAAAUAAGGUACAGGCUGAAUCAGCUGUACAUGCACACUUUAAAUAAUGAAUGU